AUGUCCGGCACUGAGCAGCUCUUUGAAUCUGACGAUGACAUGUACGACGAAUUUGAUUGUGAAAAUAAUGAUGAAGAAGAAAAUGAGGGAAUUGUGGUGAAGGAAGAAAAUGAUUCGGAGACUGAUUACAAUGUUUUGGAAAAUGGCGAUCAAUCUGCAGGAAAUGAACCUGAAAUCAAAACUGAAAAACAGGAUGAAACGUCAAUUGAUAUGUUCGACUAUGAGUUUCACUUUAUUAUGAAAAAAGAUUUUGCUGAAACUGCUGAAAAUGUCAAUGAAGUGAAUGAGGCAUUGAGUGGAAAUGAAGAAUCAGAGAAUGACUCUAAUGCCACUGAAAUUGAUGAUGAGGAUUAUGAAGCAGUCAGUGAACCUCGGCAAACUGAAGCAACGGUUAAUGGAAACUCGAGCAGUUCAUCAGGUGAACAACAGCCAAAUCGUCGUCAAAGAAAAACUAAAAACCACAAGUGUCAACAGUGCAACAAAAGUUUUGAUCGUCGAUCUAAACUCAAGAUACACCAACAAGUGCACACUGGCGAUCGACCGUACAAAUGCACAAU